UCUAGGCUAUUACACAGUUCAGCGUGCUUUAAAGGGCUUUGCGGCAGCUGACGGGACACAAGCAAGCGUGCUGAAUCUCUCGUUGUGGUGGUAUUUCGGUUCCAUAGGCUAUGACGCUGAUAGAGCAGCCAGAAUGGAUCUAAUCACCCGGAAAAUUAUGCUUCUGAUCGGCUUCAGCUGUCUCUUGUUGGAAGUGCUUUCAGAGGUGGUAGCUGAUGACAGUUAUUUAAACGAGGUGCAAAACACAGCCCCUCUGUCCUGUUCAGAAGGUUUUACAGAGCUGGGUUACUAUAACGGCUCUGUGUCUCAGACGGACUCUGGCGCCCCCUGCCUGAGGUGGACAGAGUUUCCAGACUAUGUGCUGCAGUACCCUGGUCGAGGUUUGGGGGAACACAGCUACUGCCGUAACCCUGACAGAGAGUCCAAUCCCUGGUGCUUUUUCAGACAGACCUCUGGGGCCAUCGGCUGGGCCUACUGCGACUGCCACCAGGGUGCGGCUCGGCUGGUGGGCGAGACAUCAUCUGGAAGUGGACGUGUGGAGGUGUACCUGAAUGGCCAGUGGGGGGCGGUUUGUAACUCUCAUUGGACAGACAGAGAUGCCAGUGUGAUCUGCAGACAGCUGGGGCUGGGUGAGAUUGGUACAGCGUUGCAGCACUCCCGGUUUGGCUCGGGUUCCGGCCUCUUCCACUACGAGCGGCUUGGUUGCCGUGGCGACGAGAGCUCUGUCAGCCAAUGUCGGAGUCGGACGUUUGUUACUGGAGACUGUAGCCAUGGAAACGAGGCUGGAGUAGUGUGUGCACCACCAGAAGGCAAUGGUCCUCCACUGCGAUUGGUUGGUGGAGAGGAAGAAUUUGAGGGGCGUGUGGAAGUGUUUCAUGGUGGUAGGUGGGGCUCAGUCUGCGAUGACCAAUGGGACGACCAAGACGCAGAGGUUGUUUGCCGACAUCUGGGAUUCGGGGGCGUAGCGAAGGCCUGGUCGUGGGCCCACUUUGGACAGGGCUCAGGUCCCAUCCUAUUGGAUGCUGUGAGGUGUACCGGAAAUGAACUCUUCCUGGACCAGUGUCUACAUGGAGACUGGCAACAACACAACUGUGACCAUAUGGAAGACGCCGGGGUGUCCUGCAGUCCCUACACAGACGGCGUGGUGCGGUUGGUGGGUGGAGACAGUCCAUGGGAGGGUCGUGUGGAGGUGUUCCACUCUGGGGACUGGGGUACGGUGUGUGAUGACAACUGGACUCAUCAACACGCACAGGUGGUCUGUCGGCAGCUUGGAUACAGGGGUUACGCAGAAGUGGUGACUGACGGAACAUUCGGCGAGGGUUCCGGCAUCAUCCUACUGGACGAUGUGCUUUGUGAGGGGACCGAGUCGUCCCUGCUGGACUGUCGCCAUGGCAUCUGGGGCCGUAGCGACUGUUCCCAUAGAGAGGAUGUGGGCGUGCAUUGCAGGGCCACACCGAAAGAAGCAGAGACCAACGAGGUGCCGGCGGUCGCACCUGCCACAGGUCCAUUGGUGCGUCUGGCUGGGGGUGGCAGCCAUACAGAAGGACGUGUGGAGGUGUACCUCCAUGGUGACUGGGGUAGUAUCUGUGACUCAGGUUGGAAUGAUCUCAAUGCCGUCGUGGUGUGCAGACAGCUGGGCCACAGGGGGCAUGCGGUAGCCUCUGGUGGGUUCGGUCAGGGGAAGGGUCCUGUUCACCUUGACCAAGUGAGGUGUACGGGGAAGGAGGACUUUCUGGGGGAGUGUCCGUCUUUGGGCCGGAGACCCACGGGCUGCAGCCAGAGAGACGAUGCAGGUGUGAUUUGUGACCACGCCUCCCAGACAACAGAGGAGACAGCCCGGCCAGGUCAACUCACCUGUGGAGUCAGGAAGAGUGAAGAAAGAGGAGGUGCAGAGAAUACACUCCGGACGUUGUGGCCAUGGCAGGUGUCAGUGUGGUUGGGUUCUGAGGGGAAAGAUGGUCAUCCUGUUUGUAGCGGUACUCUGAUCUCUCCCUGUUGGGCACUGGCCUCUGCUCACUGCUUCACCAGGUUUGGUAUUGACCCGUCUCAGUAUGUGCUGCGUGUCGGGGGUUCUGACAGAACUCUAACCCCAGAGCAAGUGGUGGUACACAGGAAGUUCAGGUCAGACCAGGGCCCUGGGGGUCAUGACCUGGCCCUGCUGAGGCUGCCAAGCCCCAAGGGUCACUGUUUGACCUUUGAUCCCAAUACCAAUGCUGCCUGCCUCUCCACUCCGGACACAGCGGCGAUCAGGAGCCCGUCCUCCUGCGUUGUGGCAGUUACGGCAGGCUGGGACGGACCAGAUGCCGUGCUCCAGUCUUGGGUACCCCUCCUGUCGUCCUGGCAGUGCAAGAAGCGCUAUGGCGACGGGUACUCCUCCCACGGCACGCUGUGCGCAGGCAGCCCCCCCGACACACGCCGGCUCCAUGGGAACAACGGUUGCCAGGGCAACUGGGGUGGCGGGCUGGUAUGUCAACGGGAGGAAGGGCGCUGGGUGUUGACCGGGAUGGUCUCAGGAGGUUAUGGAUGCAGUGACCCCUCAACCCCGGCCCUCUACACAAGGGUCAGUCGGUUCCAAGCCUGGAUCCAGGAGGUCACAAGCACACACGAGCGGAUUCCCGAACGGAGCGCACACAGCGACGUGCAUGAAGAGGAUCAGCCCCUGGAGGACAGGAACAUGCUCACGUACAGCCAUGAUGAGCUGAAACACACACCCUCCCAAGAACAGAAUACACACGCCGAUGAACAGCUCACGCACACACAGCAUAGCAGUAUACAUUCAGGCGAUCGCAACGAGUUCAAACACGCACACAGUAAGCAUGCAUACACACACUCACACAGUAAACACACAGACACUCACAACUCUGAGGCCAACACUGCCAGCCUGGUGUAAUCCAGAAGACGCCAUUGUCUCACCGGCUGUGCCAUGUGAGUGUAAAGAAGAGGAGGAAGAAUAGGCGAAGAGGACUUGUUCUCAGGCUUGGCUGUGUGUGUGUGUGUGUUACUCCAGCUGUGGUGUGUACGUGUAAGUAUGGUUGACAUGUGUGUAUCACCUGUAAUGUGUGAAGAGGGGGUUGCUGUUGUGAUAAUGUGGAACUAGACAACAUGCUUUAGAUCUGGGCUGACCAACCCUGUUCCUGUCCCCGCUACUUUUCUCCAACCCUAAUCCAGCACAGCUGAUUCUAAUAAUUAGCUGGAUGAAAAGCUAAAUCAUUCACAACCUGGGUUGAAGAGAACCAACAAGUAGGUCUUCAGGAACAGAGUUUAGAUAGUAUUUAGGUAGUGUUUAGAUAGAAACUGAACUAUGUAUGGUCUUGUGAUGCCCUAUUUAAAUACAAAGUCUGUCCAUACUGAUUUGUUAUUCUUUAAAGGAGAGUUUAACAUGUUUUCAAAUAGACGUUAAAUGGUUCCUCACCCUGAAAGUUGUCCAUGGGCUGAGAGAAACUGUGAAUCUGUAAAUCAGAUUUAUUUUAUCACACAAACUUCAGCUCUGUACAGUAUCAAAGGAAAUAAACAUGGCAAGUGAGCAAGUAAAAACAUAUUUCAACUCUGAAAAUCAACUCCAUAUUGGUUUGAUGUAGCAUCUAGGUGAUGUGGCCAGUAUGAAAUAAAACUGGUCACAAGCCCCAUUACUUCUGUAGAUAUUUAGCUACAGUAUCAGUUGCUAGUCAGCUGUUUGUAAUGGCUGUUUAAAGAAAAGAAAACCAUGAAUGGCUUUCUCUCGUUUCUCUUUGCCCAUAAACUACAUUCAGGGUGGGGAACCAUACAACAUUAUGUAGAAACAUUUUGACAUUCUUCUUUAACCAGUGGUGAACUAGAAAAGUGCUGUUGCUUAGCUGUUUCUGGUGAUCUAAUAUGACAGAUGCACUCCUGAGGAUGCACUCUUCCUGCAAAUGAAAUAGACUUAGUUUUUUUUAUUAGUGGACGAACUGGACAGUAACUGGAGGUUGUUGGUGUGUGUCCCAAGCUACCAUCUGCAGUUGUGCCAUUGAGUGAGACACUUUAGUGCUUGAACAAGUGAACCCAGGGAUUCUGCUCUGUAGUUUACCCUGUACUUCUCAGCAGCAUUGCAACAUCACAAAAAAAGUUAUCUUCUAUGCUACUCUGCUCUAUUCUAUUGUACCCUGUUUUUCUCUCUCGUCAAAGCCAUGGAAGCCAAGGGAUCGAUCAUAUUUAUCUUUUGUACUGACCUCCCAGAACGGCUCUUGUUGUAAAUACUUCUAAUUGUUUGUGUGUUGCAUUAAUUAAUGUUCUAUUUCAUUAGCCAAAACGGUUAGCCUUCCUGUAGUUGAAUGUUCCUGUCUGUUCUCUCUGCGGAUGUGUGUGAUCUAACCAGUAGACAGCAAUAUGGUCACACCGGCGUAUUCAGAGCCAUAGAUUAUCAUUUGUUGAAGGGCGAAGUAGCCCCUAAUCUGUUUACUAGACCAGAUUACCCAACUUUAAAUCCUAACCGUAGCAAUUUAGGAACAUAAAAUGAUCUGACCUUGGACCAAUGGUUUAGGGAAAAUCUCCAUAAAUGGAUUGUCCUGAAUGUUUUUUUUUUUGUUUAUACUGGAUGGACUUGUGCUCAAUUGUGUGCUGUGCCUUGGUGUUGUAAAGCAUCUUGUAUUCUAGAACUAAUUGUUUCUCUCAAAUAUUAAAUACUUCAAUGCAUCUUUUUUAGAGCUCUACAGACUCCUAUCAAUACAGCAAAAUGAAGUGGUAUCUGCUGUAUAAUCAUCACAUGAAACUCCUUCCUGAGGCUAAAUGCUUUGAGUAACACUGUCCAGAAAAUCAUGCAAAAUCUAUGUAAAUAUCUCCAUAGCUGGACAGUGAGAGCCGGGGCUCAGUUCCAAAAAACCCACAUUGCAUGCUGAAUCAAGUGUGUGUGUAUAUAGACAGCAGUAGUUUGUUAACCCAGACACUGCAAAAGCACUGCUUUUGUGGGUUUGAUAGAAUUUCACAGUUCAUCAUGUCUUUGUUUAAAGCUGUAAUAAGCCUGACUGUAAAACUGUAUUGCAUCCGUCUGUGUUUUCCUCUGAUCUGGCUGAGUACGGAAACAUGGUAGACCUUUAAAGAAGAACAGGACUGUGUUGGUCUCUAUGUGAAGUUUUCUUCAUUAAAUCUGAAAAUCAGAAAUA